AUGAUUGUUGUGCAGGUCUCCAUAGCGAGCCAGCGUCGUUACGUUGAAUAUUGGGAGAAAACAGUUUCUCUAACUAAAGUGGUUAAUACAAUUCCUCCAUUCAUCAAGUUGCCUAAACCGAGCAGUCGAGAGCUUCAACACAUUCGGUUAUACGACACGGUCAACAUUAAUCAGGUCUUUGUUGUGGUCUCUGAGCUCCAAAAGGUUCCCGGGCAGAGGUACGCGCCACCAGCCGAAGUUUCGAAGAGCUGUUGCAGACGAAUUGGAAAAGAUCAUGAAAAAUUAUCCAAUAAGCCUCGGUAUUACUACUCAUUUGUCGAGAAGGAAGAAGGCAAAGAAGAAGCUGUGGAGCCCCGUUUAGUAGUCCAAAUGGACACCGAAAGUUCCAUAAUCUACCAAAAGAAUUGUCUCGGUUAUCAUUAUGAGAAACCCGUGCAAGUAAAAGGGGACGUGCGAUUGAUUUUCUACGAGAAGCUGAUCGGAGGUCGUUUAUUCUACGUCUGCUUUAACACAGCUUUCAUAACCGGCAGUUUAUUGCAGUUCUCGGUUGGGGAUUUAGACAAAGUGGGGAAAAGGGGUCGAUCGAUAUGUGGGCCUUCAUUUUGCCUUGAGCUGUUUUUCGCUCCCUCGUACGCUCCAUCGAAUGACGAUGUUAUUGUCGAAUUUGAGUGA